CUUCCUGGAAGCUUAAGAUCCUGUCUUUUUCCCCAGUGUUCUGCUAUGUGGUGAGGGGUGAGUUCCUAUCAUUAUACAACAGGGCCCCAAAGUAGGCCCAGGCCAGGUAUACUUGCUCUGUCCUUCCUCGGCCCUGAAAAUGUAUGAAAUAUGGAUACAGGUGCCCACUCUCCUACAUCAUUACAGAGGUGCAGUGCAACGGCUCAUGUGUGAUGUUUGGCCAUUAUUAUGCAUCUGUGGACAAUGAAGCAAGAUUGCAAUGGUGCUUUCUGCCAGGCUUCAUUCAUUCUUUUCCAAGGACACCUAGGGGGCGUGCCCUGUCCUCUCUCCGCCCACCACAAGCUCCGCCCCUCACUUCUGCCUGGCUUGGUUCUUGAGAGGCGGAGCCGAGGGAAGAGCCCAGGGCGCCGCGGUAAGGGCGGGGCGCAUGCGCGGGCUGGGCUGGGUGGAGGUGGAGAGGAAGAGCUGCCGGAAGUAGGCGGCGGAGGUGGUGGCAGAGCAGGCGGCAGCUGCCAGGGAAACCGAGGCGCGGGACGCACGGCCCGCAGACAGGCAGGCCAGGCGGCGUCUCUGCGCGCCCAGGAGUGCCCCGUUUGCCUGGGCUGA